UACUUGAAAAACCUUUUUAGCACCCCAAACCCCCCUCUCUCUCUUUCACACAGUUAAAGGUGUCUGAACUCCUCCCUGCACAGCUGAUUCUUACAAGAUCAAGCACACAUUUACUCCACCUUCGUCAUCCUGAUCCGUCAAAUCAUUCAAAUUACGCAACAUUUUCUCUCUCUCUCUCUCUCAUCUCUGAUCGAAUCAACUGCAAAUUAUUCACUUAAACCUUUUGUUGCUUUACACCUACGAUUGAUCGAUUUCAAUCUUCGGUUUUGUGUUACGUGAACGGAUUGCGAUUGAUUAACGUUCGAUUAUGAGGUUGAUUGUUGUAGGAAUUGGUAGCUAGGUUUGCGCUUGUGUAGGCGCAGCAGAUGAUGUUGAUGCAGACUCCGAGGAUGAAUUCGGAUGCUAGUAGGACUGGUGGUCAUGUUGAAAGAGACAUUGAGCAGGCAAUUACUGCUCUAAAGAAGGGGGCUUAUCUUCUCAAAUAUGGGAGAAGAGGGAAACCUAAGUUUUGUCCCUUCAGGCUGGCUAAUGAUGAAUCAGUUCUCAUAUGGUUUUCUGGGAAAGAGGAAAAACACCUUAAGCUAAACCAUGUAUCCAGAAUUGUUUCAGGGCAGCGAACUCCAAUUUUUCAAAGGUAUCUGCGGCCUGAGAAGGAGUAUCAGUCAUUUUCUCUAAUUUAUGAUGACAGGUCUCUAGAUUUGAUCUGCAAGGAUAAGGAUGAAGCUGAGGUAUGGUUUAGUGGUCUUAAGGCACUAAUAUCACGUAGCCAUCAGAGAAAAUGGAGAACAGGAUCAAGGAGUGAUGGAUUCCCAUCCGAAGCUAAUAGCCCCAGGACAUAUACACGCAGAAGCUCGCCUUUACACUCUCCAUUUGGUAGUGGUGAUAGCUCAUACAAGGACAUGGGUGAUCAGCUCCCUCUUCAAAGUCCAUACGGAAGUCCUCCUAAAAAUGUUGUAGACAUGAACUUUUAUUGCAAAGUUCCUCCUAAAGUUGGUGGUUUCUUCCCUUCAGAUUCCACCACUGGUUCUGUCCAUUCCUUAUCAUCUCGAGGUUCUGAUAGCCAUCACUCAAGGGGGGCAGUAACGGGUGUAGAUGCCUUUAGGGUUAGCUUAUCAAGUGCUGUUAGCUCAUCAAGUCAAGGUUCCGGUCAUGAUGACGGGGAUGCCUUAGGUGAUGUUUUUCUUUGGGGUGAAAUCACCACAGAUGGUCAUGGUGGAUCGAAUGCUAAAAUUGACUCCUUAUUCCCUAAAGCUUUAGAAUCAGCAGUUUUACUUGACGUUCAGAACAUUGCUUGUGGUGCAAGACAUGCUGCAUUAGUAACCAAACAAGGAGAGAUCUUUUCUUGGGGUGAGGAAUCUGGUGGGAGACUCGGGCAUGGGGUAGAUUCAGACGUUUCACACCCGAAACUUAUUGAUUCUCUCAGUAAUGCAAACAUCGAGCUUGUAGCAUGUGGUGAGUAUCAUACAUGUGCUGUAACACUCUCUGGCGAGCUCUACACAUGGGGUGAUGGUCAUUUUGGGAUUCUCGGACACGGGAAUGAAGUAAGCCAUUGGGUUCCAAAACGGGUCAAUGGCCCUUUAGAAGGUAUCCAUGUCUCCUUCAUCUCAUGUGGACCGUUUCAUACUGCUGUGGUGACCUCUGCUGGCCAGCUGUUUACUUUUGGUGACGGGACUUUUGGUGUUUUAGGGCACGGAGAUCGAAAAAGUGUUUCGAAACCUCGGGAAGUUGAAUCUCUAAAAGGACUCAGAACAGUUAGAGUUGCUUGUGGCGUAUGGCAUACUGCUGCAGUUGUAGAAGUUAUGGUCGGGAAUUCAAGCUCUAGUAAUUGUUCUUCUGGAAAAUUGUUUACAUGGGGGGACGGUGAUAAAUAUCGGCUCGGACACGGUGAUAAAGAAACUAAACUCGUGCCAACUUGUGUUGCUGCACUCGUAGAUCCAAAUUUUUGUCAAGUUACUUGUGGACAUAGUAUGACGGUUGCACUUACGACAUCAGGUCAUGUCUACACAAUGGGGAGUCAAGUUUAUGGUCAACUCGGGACUCCUCAAGCUGAUGGGAAAACUCCGACUCGUGUUGAAGGCAAACUGCUAAAGAGUUUUGUCGAGGAGAUAGCAUGUGGGGCCUUCCAUGUUGCGGUUUUAACUUCGAGGACAGAAGUUUAUACUUGGGGUAAAGGUGCUAAUGGCAGGCUCGGUCAUGGAGAUAUAAGUGAUAGAAAUUCUCCUACGCUAGUAGACGCACUAAAAGACAAACAGGUUAAAAGUAUAGCUUGUGGUACUAAUUUUACUGCAGCUAUAUGCCUUCAUAAGUGGGUAUCAGGAACCGAUCAGUCUAUGUGUUCUGGGUGUCAUCUACCAUUCAAUUUCAAAAGAAAACGACAUAAUUGUUAUAAUUGUGGACUCGUUUUCUGUCAUUCAUGCAGUAGCAAGAAGUCACUAAGGGCAUCUAUGGCAUUGAACCCAAACAAACCUUAUCGUGUUUGUGAUAAUUGUGCUAAUAAGUUGAAGAAAGCUAUAGAUGCUGACGUGCCAUCAUCAGUGUCUUUAAUAAGUAACAGAGGAAAUGUGAAUGAUCCAAACGAAAAAGAUGAUAAACAAGAUCCUAGCUUCCGCCCUCGUCUUGCUAGAUUUUCAUCAAUCGAAUCCUUUAAACCAACUGAAAACCGGACUUCAAAACGUAACAAGAAACUUGAAUUUAAUAGUAGCCGUGUGUCACCUAUUCCUAAUGGAAGCUCUCAAUGGGGAGGUCUUAACAUAUCUAAGUCACUUAACCCGGUUUUAGAAUCUUCUAGAAAGUUCUUCUCGGCUUCUGUUCCUGGUUCAAGAAUUGUGUCUCGAGCAACAUCUCCAAUAUCUAGACGCCCCAGCCCUCCUCGUUCAACUACCCCAAUUCCAACCUUGGGUGGAUUAUCAUCACCGAAGAUUGUAAUCGAUGAUGCUAAGAAAGCAAAUGAUGACAUCAGCCAAGAGGUUGUAAAACUAAGAGCACAGGUAGAAAAUUUAACUCGUAAAGCACAACUUCAAGAGAUUGAGCUGGAAAGAACUUCUAAACAACUAAAGGAGGCAAUAGCUAUUGCAGGGGAAGAGAGCUCAAAAUGCAUAGCUGCAAAAGAAGUCAUUAAAUCGCUUACUGCCCAACUAAAAGACAUGGCAGAAAGGUUGCCUGUGGGAGCUGCCAGGAACAUCAAAUCUCCCUCCCUUCAUUCCAGUAUUACUAAUUCUUCGGGUGAUAUUUUAUCAAAUGUUGGAGUUGAGCGGUCCCAUGGUCAAAUGAUGCCAUAUGAAGAACCAGAUUCCAAUGGUUCAAACAGCCCAUUAAAACCAAACACAAUUAAUAACCGUAGUUCAGCCCAAAAUAGCAGCAGAGGCAACACUGGUGAAUCUGUUGAUGAAUGGGUUGAGCAGGAUGAACCUGGUGUUUAUAUUACGCUCACAUCUUUACCAGGAGGCGCCAAAGAUCUUAAACGGGUCCGCUUCAGCCGGAAGCGGUUCAGUGAGAAGCAAGCAGAACAGUGGUGGGCCGAGAACAGGACGCGAGUUUAUGAAAAGUACAAUGUACGAAUGCUUGAUAAGUCUAGUGUCGGCAUCCCAAACGAAUGACUUAGAAGCCCGCCCGCCAGCCGACACACUAAUGGACAUGUACAUGUCUCACUGAUAAGGGCUCAAAGAUCGUUUUAAAAGUUCGUUGGGACUGGUGCGUUGUAUCGAUGUGUGGCGGGUAGGGAGAAGCAAUAUGCGGUCAACGUGGGAUGAGAAGGAAUGGGUUAUACAAAGACAGAGAAGGAAUGGGGUUGCGCAUUGGUUGGCAUUACGAGGAUUUUAAUUAAAAGAAAGAAGCAAAUCAGUUUUACCUAUUUGCCUUAUGUUCAACCAUAACAUGUUGAAUUCAGUGAUGGUUUCAGGAUUUUUUUGGG